UUUAUAACAGUAUUUAUAAUGAUGACGAUUGUCUACUAUUUUGAAGAUUUUUCCAACGUUAAUUAAAACUUUCUUGUCAUUUGUAUUCUAUCAUUUAUAAUUCUUAAAAUUCUUUUUAGACGAAAUCAUUAUGAUUUAUUUAAAAGUUGGUAUAUUUAUAUUAUCAUUAAGCUUUAUUUGCGACACGCAGAGUUCUGGGCUAAAUGCAAAUGACAUUGCUAUCUAUGAAAUACUUAUAAAGAAUUUUUAUAAUACACCAAAUAUUAUACAGACUUAUCUGAAUAACGUUGGAAUCGUAGACAAAUUCGCUAUGUUUAAUUGGAACGAACCAUCAAAUAUCAUGAUCGAUAAGUGCUUGAAUAUUUUGGCAGAAACAGAAAAGAGUGGCGAUAACGAUAGUGAAUUUGAGAGAUUGACAAUAAAUGACGUAAAAAACAUCACUAAUAUAUUUCACGAAAAAGAUGAUAUGAAAAAUGGUGUAUUGAAUAAAGAUCAAUGCUAUUCCUUAAUUGAUGAUCUUUACCACACGGAAAAUAAUAUAAAAAAAUCACGUUUUUACGGUGAAGAUGCAAGAAAAAUGAAAAAAGCAUUUGAAAAAAACCGUAGUAGAUUGUCAACAUUUCAACCUAGCAGAAGUAAUGAAAACAAUUUUAAAAAUUAAAGCGGAAGCUAGCGGAAAAAAAUUUAAUUUAUUUAUGCUAAAUGUUGAAUAGUAAUUAAAUAGUAACUAUUAUAUUAAUAAUAUAAUAACAAUUUUAUUUUCGGUUGAUAUCAAAAUAUAAAUUACCACAAACAAAAACUAUUUUAUAUUAUAUUACACAGUAUACGCAAUAUUUACUAAUGAUAAUAAAAUAUUGUAAUUAUAAUAUGAGUGUAAAAAUGUAAUUAAAUUGUAUCACGAUAAAUAAAUUGAUA